UUUUUGGAGGUGGGGGGAUGACUGCAGGGAUGUCCGGCCGCGUAAAGAAGCUCCAUUCUGAGCUCCAUUCAAGCUCCAUUGAAAACACUAGAGGUCCGCUUGACACUUGAGUGUCACUACCUCACAUAUAUAUACAUAAAGUUCAGCUCCAGUAUCGGUGGGAGGCUGUCCAACUUCGGCGCCGGAACGUCAGAGUUUUGUGAACAACAAGUGUCGCAUUCCUGCGGGACGCCAGAAACAGCUCGAACAGGCUUGGAAGAGCUAACGACACAAAACAUAGACCUGGAACACUAGGAGAGAAGCGGAGGCCGAAUGUCUCAGCCGACGUCGACGGAGGCUGCUACCACAGAUCAUAACGGCCUGACAGCGCCGAAAAAGGAGGUGGAAGCAGCGGUGGGGCGGGCGAUGGAGGCUGGGACCGUGGUAGAUCCGGAGGAGCGGCCGCUGCGGAGCUCGGAGACAUCAGUGGCACAGGAGACAGCAACGGGGACGACGGUGGAGUCGCGGCGGAGCAGUCUGGUGACGAUUGCGGCAAAUCAGAAGCAUGUCGGCAUACAGCCGACAGCGAUACGGCCAACGGACGAUAUCUUCAACGUGAAUGAGGAGCGCAUCAAGGAGGACAUUGUGCGCAUGGUGGUGCAGUACCUCCAUGACGGCGGGUACCAUGCGUCCAAGAUGACCCUGCUGGACGAGGCCAACGUUAAGACGUAUGAGCGCGAAGAGCGGCAGAUCGAGAUAAGACGCAUGCGCAAGGCCGUGCUGGACGGAGAUUGGGCGGAAGUCGAUCGGUUAUGUUCGAAGACUCUGCUGAAGAACCAAAAAAGCUUCCUGUAUGCUGUUUACAAACAACAAUACCUGGAGUACAUUGAGCACCACGAGAUACAGAAGGCUUUCACACAUCUUAACAAGAGAAUAAAACCGCUGGAGCACCUUCAAACUACGCCGAACGAGUUCAAAGACCUAUGUUAUCUCCUUACCGCAAAAUCCGCCCUGGACGCACCAUCGUUCAAAAACUGGGAUGGGAUCACAGGCGCGAGGGAAAAGCUGGCCGAGCAGUUCCAGAACAUGAUCGAUUUCGAAUCCGCGGAUCGUGAAGGCUCGGUCUACGUCCCCCCACAACGCCUCCUCAACAUGCUCCGCCAAGCCGUCGCCUACCAGAUCGAAUCCUCCCGCUAUCAUCCCCGCAUAGCCCCGCGCGUCACCACCCUCCUCGAGGACUACCAAUGCCCGAUGAUCCCCAACGCCGUACGAACAACCUUCGCCGGGCACAAAGGCAACGUCAAAUGCGUCGACUUCAUCGGCGAAGAAGGCCUCUCCCUGAUCUCCGGCUCCAGCGACAACACCUGCCGGAUCUGGAACACGGAAACAGGCGAGUGCCAAUUCACCCUCGAGGGUCACGCCUCCCGCAUCUGGGACGUCACCUCAAAUAAAACAGGCACCCUGCUCGCGAGCGCGUCUGGGGACGGUACCGUCAAGCUGUGGGACCAUCGCCCGGGGAAAGUCGCCUGCUCGUCGACGCUGGAGGAGAAUCAGGGCGAUGUGUAUUCGGUUAGGAUACACCCGGCGGGACGGCAUGUGGUCACGGGCGGAUACGAUAAGACGACGCGGCUGUAUGAUAUUGAACGCGGUGUCGUGGUCAAGUCGUUUACGGGACAUCAGUUGUCGGUGUCGCAGACCAUUUUCAACCCGCUGGGAAAUCUCGUCAUUAGUGGAUCGAAAGAUAACACCAUAAAGUUCUGGGAUAUCGUCUCGGGCCUGUGCAUCCGGACGAUAACAUCGCAUUUGGGGGAAGUUACCUGUGUGGAGAUGUCUUCGAACGGAACAUUGCUACUGAGCAGCUCGAAGGAUAACUCGAAUCGGUUGUGGGAUAUUCGCAUGCUGAAACCAAUACGGAAAUUCAAAGGCCAUCAAAACACAUCCACCAAUUUCGUCAAGGCGUCCUUUGCUGGCGACGCCCUCGUCGUGGGCGGGUCCGAGGACGGCAUCGUCUACAUCUGGGACUCAGCAAAAGGCGACAUUCUCCAAAAGCUGCGCGGGCACCGCGGCGUCGUCUACGGCGCCGUGUGGGCGUCGCGCCAGUCGCUGUUUGCGAGCUGCUCGGACGACCGCACCGUCAAGACGUGGUGGUUUGAUGAGAAGCAGCCGUUGUUUGAGUGAUGUGAGAUUUGAACGUGGGCGUCGGGGGGUCGUGCUAGCAUAGCCCCGACAUUUUGGUGAGAGCGGCGUCAUGUAGUUUGAAAGAUCUGGAAGAAUAUAUACCCCAUUGCACAGAGUCUCGUUCCUACGUAGUUUGGAAGCUCCUGCGACGUUUUGUGUGUUCUAAUUCAGCCGUCCCGCCCCAAAUUUUUUUUUUUCACGGUCAUUUUCAUUUCACAAAAUGUCUGUGUUGUCAAAACAAGGCGUAAAGUAUAAAAAUCCCCUUCGAUAUAUUCCAAAAAAAGCAAUGAAAACGCGUUCGUUCCAUCUUGUGUUGUCCGGUAGUCCGGGUCUCCUCCCCAUUUCU